AUCAUUCCAUAAAAAGGUUCUUUAACUAAGUUUAUUUAUAAAAGUGCAAAUCAACUAUAGUUGAGAGGCAAAAGUGUAAUUACACAAAGUUACAGCCUCUAGACAUCUUCCUCCCAGUGAAAACCAAAGAUGAAAAUAUACCCCCUGAUCCCUGCCGUUUUUAGUCCCUAGUCCAACAUCCCGCCGCCGCCACCACCGCCACCGCCACCGCCACCGCCACCGUACCUUCCGAUGGGUUACUUCGACUUGAACAUACCUUACCACGAAUCUGACCGCCAUGCCACCGAUAAAUCCUCCCUAAAAGGCCGCCGCUUGAAGCUCGUUCUCAAGGCCAUGGAGCUCGGCUACACUGGAGUCGCCUACAACCGCACUCUCAAAGGAGUCAUGUCUGAGUCCGACCGUUGCUCCACUCCUCUCUUCCCUCUCUCUAAACUUACCCCCUCCUCAGCUGCUUUCUUCGCUGCCGUCAAGUUCCAUCGCGAGCGUCUGAACGUCGCCGUUUCCUCCUAUUUCCGCCAGAAAACCCGUCUCACUGUGGUCGUAGAUAUUUCCUCUCAAGCGUCGGCUCUCAAUGCGGGGAACCCUAUUCUUAGAAGCUAUGAUAUUGUUGCUGUCAGGCCCAUGAACCAGAGCGCCUUCGAUCAGGCUUGUCAAGUAUCAGAGGUAGAUAUGAUCACCAUUGAUUUCUCGGAGAAGUUGCCAUUCAGGUUGAAGCAACCGAUGGUUAAAGCCGCUCUUGAGCGUGGGGUGUACUUUGAGAUCACAUACUCUGGUCUUAUUUCUGAUACACAAUCGAGAAGACAGUUGAUCUCCAAUUGCAAGCUACUUGUUGAUUGGACGCGAGGGAAAAAUCUAAUUUUCUGCAGUGCUGCCUCUUCUGCCACUGAACUUAGAGGGCCUCAAGAUGUCGCAAAUUUGUUCUCUCUGCUUGGGCUCCCCAUGGAACGUGCUAAAGCAGCUAUUUCCAAAAAUUGUAGAUCUCUCCUAGCUAAUGCAUUAAGGAAAAAGCAAUUUUACAAGGAGGCUGUUAAGGUUGAAGAAAUACCAUCAGGUAGACAUGUUACAGCACAAUCUGCAUUUGAUGAAUGGCUCAAAUGGGAUCCUAUUUCUAGUGGUGAGGGAGAUCUGCUAUUAGAUGACAUGGAGAAGUCUUUUGCCAUUACCAACACUCUAACAAAAACUGUGAGAACUGUCAACUUUACCUCAAAUAUGAACGGCUUGCCUGUGCAUGGCUUGCAGAUCAAAGAUCUAUUAUCUGUGGAUAAGGCAGCUUUCGAGCUGCCAGAUACUGAUGACUUUGUGCCUGAUGCCAUGGAGAUUGAGGAAGCUGCUGCAGUUGAAAAUCCUGAAGAGCAGGAUGGUGUUAAUCCUUUGCAUGAAGAGCAAAGCAACCUACCUGAAAAUCAUGGCAGCCUCAGUACUUUGCGUAAAGAGCAAGGGGGAGAUAUUGUAUUGCCUGAAGGUCAAACUUCAUCAUCUAGUGAGACAAAUAUAUAUAUGCCCUCUGGCUGUCAAGAAUCUAAAGUUUCAUCAGAUUAUGUUCCUGAAGAGGCAGUUGCUUUUCCGCCUCUUCAAGAAGAGGGUAAAGUUUCUUUCACUAAUGCCAAGAUUGACUAUCAGGCUCCUAGUUCUGAUGAUUCUGCAAUGUUGUCUUUGCCCACUUAUAAGGGUACCUAUGCUAAUUCCGAAGAACCUGUAUCAAUUUCAAGUAAGAAAUUGAAUUACUCGGAUAACUUGGAAGCAAAUCAUGUAGCACCUGAAAUCCAAUUACAAGAUACCCCAUCUCAAAUGUAUGGAGGAAAUGCUUUACCUGACGGUGGACGAAUUCAUAAUACCAAAUUUGGAAUGCCUAUCGCUAAUGAUCAUGCUUCUAAAGAACUUUCUAAUCUCUUAAAUAAAUCUAGGUCCUCUGCCUUUGAAGUAGAAGACUCUACUGUGGAAAAUCAAUGUGAUGAAGGUGUAUCUGCACAGGAAGGGGUUGCACUGGACAACAUUCCUGACAAAAUUGACACUGGGAACAAACAAGGGUCAUUCUUGGCAUCAUCUGAUGCCUCUGCACAAGGUGUCUAUGUGGAAGGUGAACAAUAUAGCAAAAUGACCUAUGGUUCUGUUAACAUAGAUGAUAUGUUGCCUGUUGAGAGAUUUUUAUAUCCGACAACAGAUUUUAAUAGGCCAGUUCCAGAGGAUGUGAAAGGAGAGCGGGAGCAGAUAGAUAUUUUCACUAAUUAUCAAGGCCUUGGUAAACCUCGGGCAGGAAGAGAGAGAAAAAGACAAAAUUCACAUCGUCAACAUUUCUUGUCUCCUUUCAAGCGUCUUUUGAAUCCUAGGUCUUUUAAGAGGAAGUCGCGGAAGUAAAAAGCGACUAACUAGUGCGUAAGAUUAUCUCUGAUAUUUUUCUAGUAUUUACUAUAAUUUGUGCCACAACUGAGAUGUAGAUCUGGUUCAGCUUCUUGAUGUUCAUAAUUAAUAGUUGCAGUAUUGAAUCCUUGUAGAUAGGGUUCAAUUAUGUUUUUGAGAUUUGGUACAUUUCUGUGAAAAGUGUAAAUCAUGAGUUUUGCAAGCGCUGCUAUUUCUUUUGGGACUAUGAAUAAAAUUCCUAAUGCUUACAGUUUUCCCCCUUUCAUAAA